AUGCUUAGUAACAACAGCUAUCCAAAAUGUCUGCUGAAACCGCCACCAACCCCCCCGGCCGCUGAGCCCACGGCCACCUCGCCCGAGGCUAACGGCUCUCCGGCUCCUGCUGCUGCUCCCGAGACCGCCGGCGAGGGCGCUGCUGCCAACAACCAGCCCCACUCCGCAUCCCUCUAUGUCGGCGAGCUCGACCCCUCCGUGACUGAGGCCAUGCUCUACGAGCUGUUCUCCUCCAUCGGCCAGGUUGCUUCCAUCCGAGUUUGCCGUGAUGCAGUCACCCGCCGCUCUCUCGGCUAUGCCUACGUCAACUACAACAACACCGCCGACGGUGAACGCGCCCUCGAGGACUUGAACUACACUUUGAUCAAGGGUAAGCCCUGCCGCAUCAUGUGGUCUCAGCGUGACCCCGCUCUGCGCAAGACUGGCCAGGGCAAUGUCUUCAUCAAGAACCUUGACAAUGCCAUUGACAACAAGGCUCUUCACGAUACCUUCGCUGCCUUUGGUAACAUUCUCUCCUGCAAGGUCGCCCAGGAUGAGUUCGCCAACUCCAAGGGUUACGGUUUCGUCCACUACGAGACUGCCGAGGCUGCCAACAACGCUAUCAAGCAUGUUAACGGUAUGCUUCUUAACGACAAGAAGGUGUUUGUUGGUCACCACAUCUCCAAGAAGGACCGCCAGAGCAAGUUCGAGGAGAUGAAGGCCAACUACACCAACAUCUACGUGAAGAACCUCGAGCUCGAGAUCACCGAUGACGAGUUCCGCACUAUGUUCGAGGCAUUCGGUGAAAUCACCUCCGCCACUCUCAGCCACGACCAGGAUGGCAAGAGCCGCGGAUUCGGUUUCGUCAACUACUCUACCCAUGAGAGCGCGCAGGCCGCCGUGGAGGAGAUGAACGACAAGGACGUCAAGGGCCAGAAGCUCUAUGUCGGCCGUGCUCAGAAGAAGCACGAGCGUGAGGAGGAGCUGCGCAAGCAGUACGAGGCUGCUCGUAUGGAGAAGGCCUCCAAGUACCAGGGUGUCAACCUCUACGUCAAGAACCUGACUGACGACGUUGAUGAUGAGAAGCUCCGCGACCUCUUCACUCCCUACGGCACCAUUACCUCUGCUAAGGUCAUGCGCGACUCCGUCGGCGACGAGAGCCCCGCCUCCGAGGGUGAGGAGAAGACUGAGGAGAACAAGGAGGCUGAGACCAAGGAGGAGGAAAAGAAGUCCGAGGAGAAGCCCGAGGAGGAGAAGAAGAAGGAGGAGGACAGCGAGGAGCAGGAGGAGGGCGAGAAGUCCGACAAGAAGGGCCUCGGCAAGAGCAAGGGCUUCGGCUUUGUCUGCUUCAGCAGCCCCGAUGAGGCCUCCAAGGCUGUCACCGAGAUGAACCAGCGCAUGGUUAACGGCAAGCCCCUCUAUGUCGCUCUCGCCCAGCGCAAGGAUGUCCGCCGCAGCCAGCUCGAGGCUAGCAUCCAGGCUCGCAACACCAUCCGCCAGCAGCAGGCCGCCGCUGCCGCUGGUAUGCCCCAGCCUUACAUGCAGCCCGCCGUCUUCUACGGCCCCGGCCAGCAGGGCUUCAUCCCCGCCGCUCAGCGCGGUAUGGGCUUCCCUCCCCAGGGUGGUAUGGUCAUGCCCGGCAUGCCCGGUGGUCGCCCCGGUCAGUUCCCCGGUCCCUUCCCUCAGCAGGGUGGUCGCGGCAUGGUCCCCGGCCAGCAGAUGCCCCCCAACUUCCAGGGCAUGCCCAUGGGCAUGCAGGGCCCCGGUAUGCCUAACGGUAUGGGUUACCCCAUGCAGGGCCCCGCUUUCGGCCGCGGUGCUGGUGGCCGCGGUCAGGUUCCUGGUAUGCCUAUGGGUCAGGGUAUGCGUGGUGGUCCCGGCUACGGUCGUGGUGGUCCCCAGAUGGGCCGUGGUCAAGGUCGUGGUCAGGCUCCUGCCGGCCAGCCUGGUCAGGAGCAGCCCGCCUCCAGCAACCCCGCUCUCGCCAACGCUCCUCCUGCCCAGCAAAAGCAGAUGCUCGGUGAGGCUUUGUACCCCAAGAUCCAGGCCCAGCAGCCUGAGCUUGCCGGCAAGAUCACUGGUAUGCUUCUGGAGAUGGAUAACGCUGAGCUUCUUGGCCUGCUUGAUGAUGAGGAGGCACUCCGCGCCAAGGUCGAUGAGGCCCUCAGCGUUUAUGACGAGUACAUGAAGAACAAGGGUACCGAGGGCGAGGCGGCUGGCGAGGCCAAGCCUCAGGAGGCCGAGAAGGAGGCUUCCUCGGAGGAGAACAAGUCUUGA